AUGGGUGACCUUGGUGUCGGAGUCGGGACAGCAUCUUCGGCGGUCGACGAUGCGGCCGCGGACUUGCGCGAUGGUGUCGCCGGUGAAGGUGAGAGAGGCCGCCGUGACAGCCUGCCUGAAGGGGAAUUCGAUGGGCCAGCCGCGGACCUGCUCGAUGGACUCCGAGGAGGAGGACGACGAGAGCGGCUCCCGCGGGGGACCGCGGCGGCGGCCGCGGGGGUCAGUGUUGCGGCGACCGCGGCGGCAGGAGUCGGACUUGCGGCGGAGAGAGGGAAGGUUCCACCACCACUCCCCGCCGUUCCCUAUGGCCUUCAUGUUGGCGCCGCGGCGGCGGCGUGA